AUGAAGAAUCUUCAAUCAAUUGGAACGAGAAAUCAUCCGGUUCGUUAUCUUCUUUCCGGUUCGAACCGGUUUUUGGAUUUCGAUUUCCAUCCAGAAACAACGUCUCCGGAGGAAAUUCAGAAUCCCAGAAAUACUCGCCGGGGAGAGAUAACUCCGGCGAUGAAUACGGAUCCGGGAACAGACGGCUUUACCUCCGCCGCCAGAUCGAUCGGAUCCGUCUCCAGCUCCGUUCGAUAUUCUGAUUCCUCUUUAGGCUCUGGUUCCGGAAUCGCAUCCGGUAACCGUUUUAAGAUCGAUAAAUCCCCACCGUCUCUAGCAAAAGGGUCAGUGAAAAUAAUCGAGUACCGUGGGGUGAAAGUUAGGACAAGUGUUGCAGAUCUGAGAGAGGCAAACUAUCGUGCUCAAGGCAAAGAUUGUUAUCUGUUCAAGAUAAGCGAAGAGAUAGUGAUUGAUGCCACAAACUCUGGAAACAUAGCCCGACUGAUCAACCAUUCAUGUAUGCCCCAAUUGCUAUGCACAUGUUGUGAGUGA